GAGGCAGAAUGUAGAAGAAGGAUGCAGAGCAGGGAAAACACACGCGGAGAGCCACAGAUCAAGUGUCUGUGUGUGAAUAAAGCGACAGGGGAGACAGCAACACUGAGACAACCUUCCGAUUUACAGCCAGCUAAACUUCAAGUGUUGACCUCAGGAUUUCCCUGGAAUCAAGCACCUGCAGUGGGACUUGUAGGGAUCAAAAUCAUUGAACAUCUCCAGAACUUUUACCUACUGCCAAUAUGACUGCUGCCAUCAGACUUUUAAAUGAACUGUGUCACCUAACCGCUCAGUCGUUGACUUCACUUGAUCCGUCGGACCACUAUCGGGUCAUCAAACUUCUGGGUGAAGGCUCAUAUGGCAAGGUCAUACUGGCAGUGCACAAAAAGAGAGGCACUCUGAUGGCCUUAAAAUUCUUCCCUCGUGACUCCACCUCUCUGCUGUCCUUUCUGAGGGAGUACAAUCUGUCCCUGGCCUUCUGUACCCACCCAUCUCUCACGUCUGCUCUGGGCAUCGUCUUUUCCACCCCAAAUCACUAUGUCUUCGCCCAACAGCCUGGCCUUUAUGGAGACCUGUAUGAUGUCAUUAUUCCUGAGAUGGGUUUGGCAGAGACUUGCGUUCAGAGGGUGGCCUCUCAGAUCAGCGGGGCUCUUUCUCAUCUCCACUCUCUUGGUUUUGUUCACCGGGACGUCAAGCCAGAGAACAUCUUCCUGUGUGACCGAGACUGCCGCUGGGUCAAGCUUGGCGACUUUGGCAUGGUGAAGGCAGUGGGUACAAGGGUGCCAUGUGUUUGGUAUAGCUCCCCAUACUGUACACCUGAGGCCGAGAUAGCAAGGAAGAAGGAGGAGACUGAAUCAGGGUCCUCCUCUGCAGACAACAAUGGGAACAAGAGACAAAAGAAGGCCCAGAAGGAACAAAGUAAGUGUGUGUUGGUCUCAGUAGAGGCCAGUACAGAUAGCUGGGCAUUAGGGAUUCUCAUUUAUGCAAUGCUAAUGGGAAGACUACCCUGGGCUGAGAGCAUUCUGGACAAUGUGGCAUAUAAGGAGUACUUAGGUUGGCGCGAGCAGGAAAGGACACUAACCGAGAUGAAGGGCUUGUACGGAAUCAAGGACGGCUGCCAAGUAGCCCAACAGUUCAGAGCAUUCACACCUCUCGCCUGUUCAUUAUUUCAAGCAUUUCUGCACCCCGAGCCCAAGUUUCGCGCUACGCCAGAGAAGGUGCCAGGAUUCCUCGGAGAAGCAUGGCUGCUGAGUGCAGAUAUUAGUGGAUGAAAAAGCUGAAAGACAAAUAAAAACAAAAAUAAAAAAUUAAUGACCAACCAUCUAUUCAAAUAAAUCCAUAUCUGUUAUUAGCAGCUAUGCUUGCAAGUGUGGAACACAGACUGUUAAAUUUUGAAUAAAAAUGUUUGUUUAAUCUUCAUGUUCAUCUUUAC